AAAAAAAAAAAAAAAAAAAAGAAAAGAAAAAAAACAAAAAAUUGUAAUCACGUUAUUAACUUUCAAUAUAUAGAUGACCAAAAAAAAGACUCGAUCAACGUGGAUGGUACUAUGGAAUUAUGUCAAGAUCUCGGUAUUGAGCCAACACAACUUGAAUUUUUAUUACUGUCACAUCAAUUAGGAUCUGAAAGAAUGGGUGAAUUUACGCGUGAAGGAUUCAUCAAAGGAUUCUUUCAAUUAAAAGUGGAUUCUAUCGAAAAAUUAAAAAGAGCCUUGAACACAACUUUGAAAGAACAAUUUCAAACAGAACAAGGUUUUAGAAAGGUUUAUAAUUAUGCCUUCUUAUUUGGUAGACAAACAGGACAAAAAAAUUUAUCUUUAGAAGCAGCGAUUGAAUUAUGGAGAUUGUUAUUAAGUAGUCAUAGAUUUAGUUUAUUAGAAGAAUGGAUAAAAUUUUUAGAAGUAUAGAAUUUUGUAAACAAAAAUACAAGCUAGCUUAUUGACACCUUUUUUUUUCUAGGAAAAACAUGGCAAAG